CUCCCUGAAGUUUAUAAUUCUAUGAGAAAGGGGUAUUGUACUAUUUCUUUAGAAUCCAUUCAAUUGAGUGUUGGACAUAUUCGUUACGGCUUUCUUGGGACUACACCAAACUGAUUCGCAUGCUUUUUUUAUAUAUAUAGAUCAAAUAUGGUGCUACGCAUGAAGUCAUUUUUUAAAAUGAUUUUGCUGUUUUCGUGGGGAUUCUUUGCGCUUUUAGUUAUGCUUACGUAUCAAAACAGGGCACGGAGUCAAGGCCCUAGUCAUCGCAUUCAUACAGUGAAAAAUGGGACACAAAUGAAGCCCCAGACCCACCACGCGUCUGUCGGUCUCAAGGGAUCGUGCUUGGUCGAGGAAGAUGUAUGCCUGCUUCGAGAACGAAACGCAUCCUACCUUUGGUAUCACAUAAGGACCUUUGAGUAUGCCAUCAAUAAACAAUGUGAAGGGAAAGAGAAAUCGCCCUAUCUGCUGGUGUUGGUGAUAUCAGAUCCACGCGAUCCAAAGACUAGGUCCAUGUACCGUCAAACCUGUGGGAGUGUAAAAGCACACAUGGGAAAAUCUAUUAAAACUAUGUUCUUUGUGGGAAAAACAAAUGAUUCGCUAGUGGAGAAUGCAAUUAUCAAAGAAAGUGAACAAUAUGGAGAUAUCAUUAAAAUUGACUUUGAGGAUUCAUAUAAGAAUUACACACUCAAGACCCUCCUGGCUUUUCGCUGGGCGGUUGAUUAUUGCCCUGGUGCGGAGUUUGUCUUUAGGUGUGGACACGAUGUAAUAACGAACAUGCGAGAAAUUGUUGGCUAUUUGACACGACUUCCGCCAAGUAUGAGAGCAACUUUAUUUUCCGGAUUUCUUUUUACUCGUCCUGGCAGACCACACAGGGACCCAAACAGUAAAUUUUACCAGUCGCAUGAACAAUAUGGACCAUCCACAUAUCCGCCUUUCAUUUCAGGAUUUGCGUCGAUUUUUUCACUAGGUGCGAUCAAAAUACUUAACUCCGCUUCAUUGAACCAACAUUUAUUCAUUGAAGAUGUCUACUUAGCAAGCCUCGCACAUAAACAUGGCAUAAAAUUGAUAAACACUGGACGAUAUUUUUGGUUUAUGCCUGAUAUUAAAUAUGAAGAUAUACUAAGAAAUAAAUGUGGCUUACUACAGUCUUUCGCUAUACACAGGCCCCCUACGCUCGCUGUUUGGAAAAUACUGAAUGGAAAUUUGACCAAAGAAAAGGCAUGCAAAUCAUCGAUACAUUACAAAAGUACCAAAAAAGGACAAUAAGAAAGAAAAAACAUGAUCAGAAAAUUUACCAAGGAGAAAUUCAACGCAUAAGUUAAAGUAUCAGAUGCGCCGUUCACGGCUGAAUAUAACCUUAAAGAGACAGAAAAAACACGAAGAAGGGAAUUAACCAAAACUUUUUUGCAGUGCCUCAACGUACGUGUCUUAAACGAGGAGAAAACGAGAUACAGAUGGAGCGACUUUGUUUUCAUGUUACUCCUUAUGUGAUUAAAAGCUCUUUCAUUGACAUAAGAGCAUCUUUGUCGUGGGCAACAAGUAAACUCGUACAAGUAAGCUCC